UUUAAAUUUAAUACUAAAUAAUAAUAAAAAAUAAUAGUAUUAUGUAUUCAGCUCAAAAGGAUGUGGAUCCUGAACUGCUCAUGAAGAUAAAAUUCAAAGCAAAAUGUCAGUUUCGGGCAUUGGGACGAUUAGUGUUGGCCAACACGUACUGGUUGAGCGAAGAUGUUGACCAGUACGAGGGGGUGGACAAUGUGAAACUUCGAGUGCAGCAAGCCGUCCGAAGUAGAGCGAAGAAAAAACAGCUAUUGAGCGUCACUGAUAAAGCGCUGCUAAAUAAGCCAGCCGGAAAGCGAACCGAUAAAGAGAAAAAAUACAUCUACCGUAUUAUUGGAGGAUUGAAAUGUUUCAAGCGAUAUCCUAAUCACGUGAAGAAGCAACUGGCGGCCGUCACAUACUUCAAGUACUACGGGCCGGGGCGCGUGAUAGUUCGGCAGCACCACGAGGCCCACGCUCUAUACUUCAUCAUCAGCGGUGAAGUCAGCGUCACCCAGCUGGUGUACGAUGACCUGCUGAAGCAGCACGUCUCCGUCGAGGUGGGGGUCAUGCACGCUGGUGACAUGUUUGGCGAGGUCUCGCUGCUGCACAACAUACCAAGGACCGCCACUUGCACCACAACAGACCACUGUGAGCUGCUGGUACUAAUGAAAGAUGAUUUCAAAAACGUUUUACAAGCCUCCGUACAAAAGCAGUGGGACGAAGUACAAUCUGCCAUGGCGGCUUUUACUUAUUUCGAUUCACUGGAUGAGGUUGCUCGGCGCGAAGGUUGUAUAGUCGCCAAAAUGAAAUCGUACGAUGCGAAUGAAACGAUACUGGGCGACGGUGUGGGCGUCCCCAACUUCGUCUACUUUGUCCUGUCGGGUCGCUGUCAGAUGAUCGAAUCACUCCAAAUGUUCGUCGAAAAACAUCUGACGAAAACAUUCUACACUCUUCAUGAUCCGUAUGUACCUGUUGAUGAAAGUGAUCAAGAUUUCGAAACAAAGUACUUUGGCAGUAAAAAGAACAAUGAUGUCAAAGCUCAAGGCUCUGAGAUGGAUAGAUCCCUACCAAAAGAAAUUAAGGAGCCGGAGAAAAGUAUCUUAAAACCCGAAAGCGCAUACCCCAAGAGGGUGAGCGUCUUUAUGCAAGAGGACAUUCAAAACAACGAGAAAGAUAAAAAAGACGAAGAUGUUGGUACAGAUAUUCUUAAGCCAAGAAUGUCGAGAGAGCGCACACAAUCUGUUAGGAUAAGCACUAAUCCAGUAACUCUUGGCGUGCCUCAAAAAACAGUCCACACUUAUUUCAUGCAGGUCUGCAUUUUUAAUACCGGGUCUACGUUUGGGUUUGGCGAGAAUAUGCGCGACCGCCGCAUCGUGGCCUUAACUCCAGUCACAUGCAUGCUUCUCCCCAAGAUUUGGCUUCUGCAAAGAAAUACUGCAAACAUAUGGUCGAGAAUACAACACUACCUUGAAAAGAAGAUACCUACAAAGAAGCAGUUAUUCAAGGAAUUCGUUUUGGCCCGGAAGUGGGAGGAUUAUAAGGAGCAGAUUGUGGAGGACGUGGUCGCCAGAGCCAACGCUGUGAACUGGACCACCGUGCAUGAUGUACCCUACUCCAUCCGCAUGGAGGAAAUGCUAGAUAUUUAGCUUUCGAUAUGAGAUAAGUGAGCCUAGGACAAAAAAAAAUGCGGGACCUGGCUAAAAACUAGUUUUGUUCAAAAUAAUAAAAUUGAUACGACUGAUACAGAAGCAUCUACUUUGUAUCUUUAAUAUUAGUCAAA